UGUUUAUAAAAAAAGCAAGAUUUGCCUUACAACUGCAAUAAUUUUGCACCAAAAUUUGAAAAUUUGAAAACCAGCCCUAGCUACUACCCUAGGCGGACUUCAAUAUGAUAUCUAGCACGAGACUCGACGGAAUCGCUCUCGUAGUUGGCGGUGGUAGAGGAAUUGGCCAACAGGCUGGUUUCUCACUCGCCGAAGCCGGCGCCGAGGUCAUUGUAUUUGCCGAUUUGAACGAAGAAAGCGCUGUCUCUACGGCAGAGGAAAGCAAGCAAUACGCCUCGAACAAAAACUAUAGAACAGCGAGUAUCAAAGCCGACGUCACCAAAGCAGACGAAGUCCAGAACAUGGUUGACUUUGUGGUUCGUGAAUUUGGUCGCAUCGACUAUUGUGUCAAUAGCGCCGGGAUUGACAACGGAGUUCAUACCCCAGUUGCCGACACAGAUAUCGAUAAUUUCAACAGGGUGAUAGAUGUAAAUACCAAGGGCCUCAUGUUGUGUAUCCGGGCCCAAACUGCCGCAAUGCGCAGACAGCAGCCUAAAAUGUUCAAGAGCCGGAGUGGCGAGAGAGACAUUGGACGUGGAGCCAUUGUUAACCUUGCUUCCGCCAAUUCAUUUGCGGGACUUCCUGGGAAGAUGUGCUAUACGGUCUCCAAGCAUGCCGAUAUGGCCUUGACGAAGAUGGCAGCCAUGGAUCACGCCAGUGAGGGAAUUCGCUGCAACGCCGUGUGCCCAACCUGGGUGCAAACUCCACUACUAGAUAUAGAGUUGCAAAAGAAUCCUCAAGUUCAAGCCGAGAUAGCUGCAGUUGUGCCGAUCAAACGAGCAGCCAAAUGCGAAGAAGUGUCAGAUGCUAUUGCCUUUUUAUGCAGUCCUGCAGCGAGCUACAUUAAUGGGACAAGUUUGGUUAUUGACUCGGCUGUCACUACUACUAUUAGAUUGCACUGAAGAACAAUGCCGCUAUACAGCCUGUUCUUUCAUUGGCUGGUUCUGGAUUGUAUUUACCAGAUCAUGGGCUUAUCAAUGGGCUUCCGGCAUUCCUUCAUUGAUAUUUGUGUAUUCUAGAUCGAUUGAAUAAAACCUUUCUUCACACUCU